GGAAGAUGAAUAACCUGUAGCAAAGUAGCUGCUCUCCUUAAUGCAUCCAUGAAAGUAGUUAGCAAAGCUAACACUGGCGAGCUAACAUCGCUUCAUCCAACACGACAUGCACGCCGUUAACAGCUGAAGUCUUGCACGGUAAGGGCUAUAACUUCACCCAGUGAAAGCACAGGCUGUCGUGAUGUCGGAGCCAAAGCCCCCUACUCCGACCCCUGGAGACACAUACAAGGGUUGGCUCUUUAAAUGGACUAACUACAUUAAAGGUUACCAGAGACGCUGGUUUGUUCUGAGCAAUGGACUGCUGUCCUACUACAGGACCCAGGCAGAGAUGGGUCACACGUGCAGAGGCACCAUCAACUUGGCCACAGCCAAUAUUGCUGUGGAGGACUCGUGCAAUUUUGUCAUCUCUAACGGAGGUGCACAGACCUACCACUUGAAGGCAAGCUCAGAAGUAGAGCGGCAGCGAUGGAUCACAGCUCUGGAGCUUGCCAAAGCAAAGGCCGUCCACAUGCAGGCUGAGUCUGAUGACUCAGGUGACGAAUGUCCUGCAGUGCCCCCCUCUUCAGGACAGGGUGGAGGCUGCCGUAACUUAGAAAUCCAGUCAACACUACGCACACUGGGCAGCAAGGUGGAGGACCUCAACACCUGCAAUGAUCUCAUUGUGAAGCAUGGGUCUGCCCUACAAAGGUCUUUGUCAGAACUGGAGGCGCUUCGUGUCAGCGGGGACAUGGGAGACAAGAUGAAACAAGUUACAGAGAGAGCCACGCUGUUCAGAAUCACCUCUAAUGCCAUGAUUAAUGCAUGUAGAGACUUCCUCUCCCUGGCCCAGAGCCACAGUAAGCGCUGGCAGAAGGCCUUACACAGUGAGAGAGACCAGAGGAUACGUCUGGAGGAGACUCUGGAGCAGCUGGCCAAACAACACAAUCACCUGGAAAGAGCUUUCAGAGGAGCUACAGUUCUCCCCUCUUCAUUCAGCAAUCCAGCCUUAGGUAACAAAGGUGGUGUUUCCGGAAAAGGUGACGCCAGUGACGAGGAUGAUGACAAUGAGUUCUUUGAUGCUAUGGAAGACCCAGCAGAGUUUAUUACUGUCCCUGCUGACCCCAAGUAUCACAGGAGAUCCGGCAGCAAUGUUAGUGGGUUCAGCUGUGAGACUGGAAUGGACGAUCAAUCAGUAAAUUUUGAUGAACUGUCCUUGGCAUCAAACCCAGAGUCUCCACAGCCCCUUGAGCUGGAGCCAGUUAAACAGAGACGGACUCGUAUCCCUGACAAGCCCAACUAUUACCUCAAUCUGUGGAGCAUCAUGAAGAACUGCAUUGGAAAGGAGCUCUCAAAGAUACCGAUGCCUGUGAAUUUCAAUGAGCCUCUCUCAAUGCUGCAACGUCUCUCUGAAGACCUGGAGUACUACGAGCUGCUGGAUAAGGCUGCUAAAUGUCAGAGCUCUCUGGAGCAGAUGUGCUAUGUGGCAGCUUUUACAGUCUCCUCCUACUCCACCACUGUCCACCGCACAGGAAAACCCUUCAAUCCUCUGCUGGGAGAAACCUUUGAGCUCGAUCGGCUCAAAGAUUGUGGCUACCGCUCCCUCUGUGAGCAGGUGAGUCACCACCCGCCUGCUGCAGCUCACCAUGCCCUCUCUGAAAAGGGCUGGACCCUCAGACAAGAAAUCACCCUGGCCAGCAAGUUCAGAGGGAAAUAUCUCUCCAUCAUGCCUUUGGGUUCUAUCCAGUGUUUAUUUGACAAAAGUGAGAAUCAUUACUCUUGGAAGAAAGUCACUACAACAGUACACAAUAUCAUUGUUGGAAAACUAUGGAUUGACCAGUCAGGGGAGAUUGACGUGGUGAACCAUAAGACGGGGGAUCGCUGCCACCUCAAGUUUGCUCCCUACAGUUACUUCUCCAGAGAUGUACCAAGAAAGGUAACAGGAGUAGUAACGGAUAAGGAUGGAAAGGCGCAUUACGUGCUAUCAGGAACCUGGGAUGAGAAGAUGGAGUUCUCCAGGAUCAUGCAGAGCAGUAAAGGCGAGAACGGCACUGAAGGCAAACAGAGGACUGUCUAUCAGACCCUCAAAGCCAAAGAAAUCUGGAAGAAGAACCCUUUACCAGAGGGAGCCGAGAACAUGUACUUUUUCUCCUCACUGGCCUUGACACUCAAUGAGCCUGAAGAUGGCGUGGCGCCAACAGACAGUCGACGACGCCCUGACCAGAGGAUGAUGGAGGAAGGCCGCUGGGAUGAGGCUAAUGCAGAGAAGCAGAGGCUCGAAGAGAAACAGCGCAUAGUACGCAGAGAAAGAGAGAGGGAGGCUGUUAAAGCAGCUAGCACACCUGAGGAAGCUGUCACUGAGGAUUCAAUCAAUGAUUCACCCUUAAAAACUGAUGCACUGGAGACUGGCACAGAAGCUAGUGAGGUUUCUGAUGAAACUGACACAGAGGACUCCCCCCCUCUCACUCCUGUUGCAUCCCCUUAUGGACCAUCACAUGUUCCUUUUCAAAGCGCCCAUCCAGACAACUACCAAGCGAUGUGGUUUGAGAAGUUAGACGACCCUGCCUCCGGAGAAACCCUGCAUGUCUACAAGGGAGGUUACUGGGAGGCGAAGGAACAAGGCAGCUGGGACGCGUGCCCUGAAAUCUUCUGAUCCGGCCUGUCUUCCUCUGUGGUGAACAAACCUUCAGCAUCAGCUUAAGUGGAGAAUCAAGCCUGACAUUAACCAAUCUUCAAUGUCUGUAGCGUCAACUGAUUUUUCCAGCAGUGAUUGGCUCAGGGUUAAGAGCAUCUUCCCCCUCGUAGAUACCAUGCACAUCGUGGCAUUGUUGUCACAUUGCAGGUGAUUAGUUUUCAGAUGUCCUUCUCACUGCCUCUCUAACACAUGAUGUUUAUCUUGGUUGGCCUGCUGUUUGUUCUCAGUCCUAGGUUCUUUGGUACAGCCUUCAUGUUGCUUUUGGCAGCAAGUUAUUCUGGUUCAUGCUAUUAUGCAUUUUUCCUUUAAAAGCCCUUUCUUUAAAGGCAUAAAUCAUCCAGAUGAGAUCUAUACAAGGUUUUCUCACAAAGAGAGAGCUACUCCCUAGCAUGUUAUUCAUGUUCUUGUUGAUGUUGUGAGCUCCUUAUUCUGACUACUUUUGCAAUUAAUGUAUUGCAACUUCCCCAGCACAGCACCACCUUGAGUCAACGUGUAUUCAUUCCCAAUGUUUAAAUAGUUCAUACAGUAAAUAUUGAGCAUAGCAAUUUCAGCCCAGAUCAAAUGCAUCGAUGCAUGGGUUCUAGUGGCACAGGCAAAAGUGAGAAAUGUUGUUUAACCCAAGUGUUAAACUAUAUCUACACAUUAGCCUUUUUGUUGCCCUCAAGUAAUCCAUUUCAAAAUGUGUUUGUGAUUCCCUGAUAUCCCUCAAACCCACUCUCAAAUACAUGGUGAAGAAAUGUGAAAGUAGUACAUUAUGAUAAAGCCACUCAUAUUUUGGCACGAUUAAGACUGGUUUUGUUAUCGUGAGAAUAGUAGUGGGUGUACACAAGUCACUAGAUGUAUAUGAUUUUUUUUAAACCUUUUUUCACGAUAGAAGAUUUAAAAAUAAAAGUUUUUUUCUAUCCAUUUUUUAUUUAGGAAGAAUAACUACCUUUCAGUGUGUAGCACAUUAACCUUAAUAGAAUAUAUUUUUCUUUGUUCAAUAUUAUACGUUAAUGAAAACAAUGUAAAGUACCAAUCAAACUAUGAAUUAUAAAAAAUACCAAUGGCACAAUGCGGAACAACAUACAGAACCCUGUCUUUUUGUAGUUUUUCCUGUCAUUAUUUUACUUCCCAAAUUAAUUUUAAAGAUUAUACAUAAAGUCCCUUCAUUCCCCUCAACAUUUAUCCUGUUCCUAUGAGAUACUGUUCAUUCCACCAGAAGUUGUUUCAUUUUUUUUUACAGAGAAUAUCCUAUUAUUUUGUCCUGUAGAUACCCCAAGAGCCUGUAAAAAAAUCCUCCUAAAACUGCAACGCAACAUCUCGUUCCCCCUGACCUGUAAUGGGCAGUUUAAAAAUGUGUGAAGGGGGCCUGCUAAACCUAAAACAGAAUGUUAAGUUUCUUAAGAGUGUAGUUGUUGACCACGUUACUCCGAGAAAAAGCCUUGUAAGAUUGAAUCACCUUGAGUAUGAGAUUGACUCUAAUCCUUAUGUGUAAGAUAAAAUCUAUUUUGAUUCUCACACUCACACACACUACCCUUAUUUUCAUACUAACGUGUGUGCUCUCACUAUAAGAUUAACCGUUGAAACUCUGCUUUUGAAGUUAAUGCUGAGUCUCAACAUUUGAACAGUUGAGAUUAAUGUAAGCAGAGCUGUGCAGAUUUGUACUGACUUGAUUAAUAGUGAAGUGAACGGAAAAGUGUUUUUGUCUUCCUGGUUUCCUUCAAACUUAUUGAUCAUAGCUUUAAUCUUGAUGUGAGUUAUUAUAGUCGUGGUGUGUUGCGAGUGUAGUCAGACAGCAAUAAGAGUGCCUCACUGCAUAUACAUUUGGCACAAAAUGA